AAGCCAGACAGUGAAAAGUGAGACGAACCCCACAUCGGGCUGCCUGAUGCUGUCACCGCGGGUUCCGUCUGACCUGCGUGGAAUGCAAUUACGUGGGUCUGUUAUUUAUGAGAAGAGUUUUGAAGUUCCAGGGUUGUGCGGUGUGGGUGUCACGGUAAAGUAUCGUCUGGGUGUAAAAUCUGCACCCCAUCGUUACUUUCUCGAGGCUUUUCGCUGGGUCGCUCACGCGUCGGUGCUUCAGGCCUGUUGGCGUUUACCAAACACCACGUGUGCGAGCGAGGUUACAAGCUGCAACCACAGUAACGAUUACUGAAUGGGUUUUAGAGGAACUUGACGAGCGACAGGGUUUAAUUCCUGGUGAUGGCGUGACAGGAAAUUGAAAAUUGUCGGCGACUUUGCGUUGCUUUAAAUUGCAAAAAUGUGAUGAAACUUGGAGCUCCGGAAAGUUGACGUGGGGUUUUUUCGAGGUUCUAUCGAGGUUUCAAGGCAUUUCGAAGGCUAUCCAGUGUUGAUUGCGGAGCUUUGUUUCUUUGAGCUCGGUUUGGUUUGGUCCAGGAUUUGGGGUGUUGUGGAAGGAGUUAGGGUUAGGGUUUGGGUUCAAGGAGACGGACAAGUUUGUGGAAGGACAGUGAGCUAUAGGUGUUUGAUGUUGGCGCUAUGAAAUCAUUGAUGGUGAAGAGAUGGGGCUGGCAGAAAUCGAAAUUAUCUGGUUCGAUGAAUGAAUUAAAAUUGAACGGUUUAUGCUGUAGUCGUCCAUUGCGAUAUUGACGCCGACAUCAGCGAACUCCCUUGAGAUUUCCGUCGCUAGCCAUUUCGCUUUGGGACAUGAACUCAGAGCCAUUGAUGUGGAUUCGGAGUGUGGACAGAUUGACGGCUAAGAAGCUCAAAUUUUAUUUUUAUUUUAUUUUUAUUUGGCUUCGCUCGAUCCUUUAAAAUCCCAUCUGCAACCUUCCGAGGCAUGAUCGUGUUACUGAUAGUGCAUGAAUGACGUGAUACCCGAGCCCCACGCGAAAUUUAAUCUCAUGGUAUGAAUAUUAAUGCAGCUGUAGGUCUUGAAGUUGGGACCCUUAUGGGUGAUAUAUUCAAAGAGAACAGUGAAAGGGACUACGAUGAGGAAGAGGAAGAUGGAGAUGGAGAUGGAGAGGGAAGGGGUGAGCAGAUGCUGGGGUUUAUGUUUGGCAAUGUGGACGACUCGGGCGGCCUUGACGAAGAGUACCUCGAUCAGGACGCAAAGGAGCAUUUGUCAGCAUUGGCACACCAGUUAGGACCAUCAUUAUUUGAUAUUGAACAGCUUUGUGCCAAGAGGAAAAGACUGACAGAUGCCAGUGCGGCUGAUGAGCAUGAAGAUUAUGAUCAGAAAGCGGUAGAUGCAGUGGACUAUGAGGACAUACAGGAGCAGUACGAGGGUCCCGAAGUCCAACUUGCCCCGCAGGAUAUGCAGUUUUAUGCUGAAUCUGCAUUGGCUAGAUCCGUUAAGCUGGUUGAAGAGGAUAAUUAUGACGAGGAUGAGGACUUUGAUUCUGAACAACCUACGGAAGCCAAGGUGGAAGACUGGGAUUUUGAUUCCGAGCAGCCUGAUGGGUCCAAGAUGGAAUCGCCUGUCAAAAUUGCUCCAGAAACAGACGAUGAGGCACUUUUGACACAAGAAGAUGAAGAGGAAGUCCCUGUGGCACAGGAACAGUGUCGAACAAGUGCAGUAGAUAUGAUGGCUUCCGAUGAUGAGGACGAGAAAGAAGAGGACUGGGACCAAAUUUUGGGGUCUCAGGAAACGACCUCGUCGUCAAGGGAGCAAGAAGAUGAGGCUGCAAAAAUUUCUCUUCCUGUUCUUUGUCAAGAGGGCGGAAAAACUGUGCUUAGAUUCUCUGAGCUUUUUGGAGUGCGAGAACCUUAUUGGGUCAUUGGUCAUCGUAAAGGGCGGCAGAAACGAGUUCACAGCAGAGAGAAACGAGAGCGACUAGAAGAGGAUCUGGAAGCUAUGGAGGAUGAUGAAGAGGCAGUACUCAAGAGGUGUUCUCAACAACCUGUAAUUGCUGCUGAUUCGUCAACUGCAGAAGGAAGCCUGGGAAGCAGUUCUGAAGAUUUCGAUAUCGGCAACAGAUCAGAGGAGGAUGGCAAUCAGACAGCGCUUUUCAUUUCACAUAGUCGGCGUGAUAGGACAAAACAGAAAAAGCUUGUGUUUACUGCCUCAGAACCCAUGAAAGGAGACGAAGAUUCGUAUGAAGAAGAUAUUGCAGAGUGUAGGAGACAAAUACCUGAUGCAAACUUCGAUCUUAUUCAUCAAGUGGAAUGGGAAGAUGAUAUAAUUUGGGAUACCUCGGAUGUUAGUAGACGGGGCGCAUCCAUAUCCGAUCAUCGUUCCACUUGUCAUUUGGUUGAGGUCGACAGAGAUACUGAGCAAAGUCACCUGUCUGAUGUCGACCUUCAAUGUCUUGUAAAAGAGCAAUGUGAUACGAGGUUGAGUGAUUGUUCUGAUUGGCGAAGGCCUUAUGUGGUAGAACCAUUAUGCCAGAAAUGUAGGGAUAUAGAAGAUGAGGACGAACUUACUAUGCCUGCAAAAACCGUGCGGCAUCCACAAAUGCUCAGACUUGAGACUCUGCGCUUUCACAGAGAGCCUGGAGAAGAAUCGAGGUCUGCAUUGUUGAGGCGUAUUAAUAACACGACUCUUGAAGUGAAGGAGAAGAAUCAGGAGCUUACACGUGGAAGUUGGCUUGGUAGUAUUUUCUGGGGAGAGCCAGAGUCCGGCCUACCAAGGUCAAAGGUAAUUUUUGAUUUAAUGGAUUCACAAAUGGUAUUCGAGACAACUGAAGCCAAUGAUGGCCAAUCCAUAUGUUUACACGCCGCAGCAGUUGUGCUUACUGCGGUGGGAAAAGAUGGGGUUUCUGAUGGUGCAGAGGAAGCGGUUAAUACUUCUUUGCCUUUGACUAGAUUCAACAUUAGCAAUGACAAAUAUUACACAAACAAAAAGACCCAUCAACAACAGAAGUCAAAUGCUAAGAAGCGGGCUAUCCAUGGAGUCAAAGUGAUGCAUUCACUCCCAGCUAUCAAACUUCAAAGCAUGAAGCCUAAGCUAUCCAAUAAGGAUCUAGCAAAUUUUCAUCGUCCCAAGGCGGUGUGGUAUCCUCAUCACAACGAGGUUGCUGCAAAGGAACAGGGAAAGCUUGCUGCUAGAGGUUCCAUGAAAGUCAUCGUGAAAACACUAGGCGGGAAAGGGAGCAAGCUCACUGUUGAUGCCUCGGAGACUUUGGAUGUACUCAAGGCAAAAACUGCAAAGAAGCUGGGAGAUCUGAUACCCUUCGAAAAGAUGAAGGUAUUUUAUUCAGGGAAGGAGUUGGUAGAUGGGUAUACCUUCGCUCAACAGCAAGUUCCACCAAAUUCGGUGUUGCAUCUGGUGCGGACCAAAAUUUAUCCUUGGCCGAAAGCACAGCGCCUGCCAGGCGAGAACAAGCCCUUACGACCACCAGGAGCCUUCAAGAAGAAAUCAGAGCUUUCAGUAAAGGAUGGUCAUGUUGCUCUAAUGGAGUAUUGUGAAGAAAGGCCUCUGCUUCUUGGAAAUGUGGGUAUGGGAGGCCGUCUCUUCACUUAUUAUCGUAAGCGAUCUUCAACAGAUGCCACUGCUGCGACCCUCCGUGCUGAGCGGGGGCCUUGGGUUGGCAUCACUUUACCUCUAGAGCCAACGGAAGAUUCUCCAUUUCUCGGUGACAUCAGACCUGGUGAAACUCAAUCUAGUCUUGAAACAAACAUGUAUAGGGCACCUAUUUUUCCACAUAAAGUGGCUACCACUGAUUUCCUGCUCGUUCGUUCUCCGAAAGGGAAAUUGUCUCUCAGACGGAUUGACAGCAUCCACGUUGUUGGACAGCAGGAGCCUCACAUGGAGGUGUUGACCCCUACUUCGAAGUCAGUGCAGAAUCACGUAGGUAACCGGUUAUUGGUAUAUUUGUACCGUGAGUUUCGUGAGAAGGAGAAACCCGGUGUCAUUACGCCACAUGUACGGGCCGAUGAUGUCACGUCACAAUUCCCCUCUCUUACUGAAGGCUUCAUCCGGAAACGGUUAAAACAUUGUGCUGAUCUUCAGAAAGUUGGAGGGGAGAUGUGCUGGAUGAUGCGGCGAAAUUUUAGGAUUCCUUCUGAGGAAGAAAUGAGGCGUUUGGUGACACCAGAGAAUGUAUGUACAUACGAAAGCAUGCAAGCUGGGCUUCAUCACCUAAAACGGAUGGGUGUACAUAAAUUAACACAGCCGUCGGGAUUAGCUGCUGCCAUGAACCAGCUUCCGGAUGAGGCGAUAACUCUAGCUGCCGCAUCACACAUUGAGAGGGAACUGCAAAUUACUCCAUGGAAUCUGAGUUCAAAUUUUGUUGCCGCUACAAUGCAGGGACGGGGGAGCCUAGAGCGCCUUGAGAUUGUGGGAGCCGGUGAUCCAUCUGGCCGAGGGCUGGGUUUCAGCUACCUACGCGUGGCAACCAAACCUCCUAACGCUGGUGCUCUGGUAGAGAAGAAAGCAGCAGCUGCAAGAGGUGGAGGAGCUGUUACCGGCACUGACGCUGAUCUUCGUCGUCUUAGCAUGGAAGCUGCACGAGAGGUUCUCUUGAAGUUCAAAGUUCCAGAAGAAAUUAUAGACAAGUUAACUCGGUGGCAUCGAAUUGCUAUGGUUCGUAAACUUUCGAGUGAACAAGCUGCUACAGGCGUAAAGCUCGGCGCGGCUACUCUAAAUAAAUUCGCUCGAGGGCAGCGGAUGUCUUUUCUUCAGCUUCAACAGCAAACUCGAGAGAAAUGCCAAGAUAUCUGGGAUAGACAAGCUCAAAGCCUCGUGAUGGCUGACGGUGAUGAUUCCGAAAGUGAUGGAGAAGCUGGUGGGGACCUUGAUUCUUUUGCUGGUGACUUGGAAAAUCUUUUAGAAGCCGAAGAGGGAGAUGACGGUGGGGGUAAGAAAGGAAAGCGAGAAGGAAUGGGAGGUCUUGGGGCUCGGCGUCGCAAACAGAUUGCCCAACAAGAGGAAGAUAUUGAAGAUGAAGAGGCAGAGGCAGCAGAGCUCCGGAGAAUGCUCCGUGCAGACGAUGAAGCUGAGGAGGAACAAAAGAAAAAGAAAAGUGUUCCUGUGAGCAUGGAAAAAAAGGAACUGGAAGCUGUUGAAACACCUCCUGAUUUAGGCGGUGAAGGGCAAGCUGGCAAAAAGAAGAAGAAAAUCAUCAAGCGCAUCAUUCGUACCAGAAAGGUUGAUGGGACCUAUACCUCGAAAGAAGUUAUCAUCACUGACCCUAAAGAGGUGGCACUUUAUCUUGCGAAGAAGAACGCGAACAAGGUAGUAAACCAAGUUGUAGGAGUUGAAAAAGUCGGUGCUGCCAAGAAGAGCACAGGAAAGCCGCCUCCAGUCAGCAAAAAAUUGAAGAGUGGAGCGCCUGUAAAAGAGAUGUCAGCUAAGGGCAAGGUAACUGGGAAAUGUGGGCGAGAUGCGUUAUCGCUGGUUUGUGGGGCUUGUGGUCAGCUUGGUCACAUGCGAACAAACAAAAAGUGUCCUCUAUACAAUGAAGAAGGUGAGCCUGUUGCUUGGCAAGACUCGGGAGCAGCUGCUGAUGGUUUGCUAGAACGGCAAGGGACAAAGAUUACUUUCAAGAGAAAGCCUGUUCCAAUUAAAAAGAUGGAGGGAUUAGAUUCACCAAAUUCAGCACAGGUUCCUGUGGUUAAGCCACCAUUACCGAAGAAAGACAUCCCUUCACCAGUGCCUUUACUGAAGACCCCUUCCCUGAGGAUGAAAAUCAAGCUUAUAUCAGGAGUCAGUCAAAAUCCUGAUAACUCUCCUGUACCUGUGUCUAAACCUGUUCGAGAGAAAGUUGAGAAGUUGUCUGGAGUCCAUGCAAACGGUGCUGGUGAAAGUGGGGUCGAUCAACCUGCGCGGCCUCCUCUUCUCAAGCUUAAGUUGUCUAACCAGAGAAGGAAAGAGCAUGGUUUGAAGCGAUUGAAACUGGAUCAGGACGUAAAGACGAGAAAAGAAAGCGAAACGACACGGGAGUCAGAGAGAAAAGAGCGUGAAGAGUAUGAGGGGAGGAUGGAGCGAGGAGAUUAUCAGAAAGCCAUAGAUGAGGAAAUGGAGAAAGAUGAAAGAGAGAAGGAAGUGAGAGAGCGGGUGAAGGACGAGAGAGAGAGGGGAAGAGAGGAAAGAGGUGUGAGGGAGUCCAAAAGACGAGGCACUAUAGUUCACACAAACGGAUCAGAAACUAACAGAGGUAUGGAGGCUGAGGUCAAGUUCAAGCCAUUCAAGAAGAAGAAGAUUUUACGUGGGAGAGUCGAUCCCGAGUUGAUGAAGAGAAGGGAAAGGGAGAGAGAGCAAGCGGAACGCAUGGAGAGAGAAAAGCAGGAGGCUGAAGAAUAUCAACGUGCACUUCGAGAGGAAUUGAAGAGAGAACAACAGGAACUCGAGCAAAAAGAAGCGAGGGAGAGAGUAGAGCUAGAAGAGAGACAGCGGAAAGAGAAAGAAAAAAAUGAUCGAGACCGUCAUAGUCAGCAUAUGAAGGAAAAGGAAAAACGACAACGAGAGCGGGAAGCGAAGUUACGCGAAGCUGCUGAGCUAGAAGCCCGUAAGGCACAGGAAGAAAGAGAGAGACAGGUGGGAGAAGAAAUGCGACAACAGCAACGCGAUCGAGAGAAGAUCAGGGAGAAGAGUCUGAAGUUUAAACAUAUGAAGGAGCACACAAGGGUUGCGUCUGUUUCUUUAUCCAGUCUCUCGAAGAGAGAUCGUGGGAAAGGGAUCAAGAGACGACCUGAAGUGCCCCCUUCUUACCAUCCGAGUCCAGACUGCGGGAAUGCUCCGAAGCGACUGCGUAAGAAAGGUGGCGAGGUUGAGCUGUGCAAUAUUUUAGAAGGAGUUGUUGAGAAACUGAAGAAUGCGGAUUGCUCUUAUUUGUUUCUGAAGCCAGUGCCUAAGAAAGAGGCCCCUGAUUACCUCCAUUAUGUGAAGCGCCCAAUGGAUCUGUCAACAAUCCGGGAAAGAGUUCGGAAGCUCAAGUAUAAGAGCCGGGAAGAUUUUCGUAAGGAUGUUCAACAAAUUGCCGAAAAUGCUCAUCUUUACAAUGAUGGUAGGAAUCCAGGUAUCCCUCCUUUGGCCGACAGGCUGCUCGCGCUCUGUGAUGUUGAGUUGGAUGCAAGAGAUCAAGACCUUGACGAAGCAGAAGUAGGCAUUGAGCCCUUGGAUGACGACUCGAAGGGGAACUCUCCGAGACUUGACCGUCGUCGAAGUGUCCGCACGAUUUAGUAUGUUUCAAGCUUUUGUUGGCGGGGUUUUGGAGCAUGAUGCAUCGAUAACGAACAAUCGUCCUCUGAAGGCUGCGCAUAGCCUCGUGACAAGGUCAAUUCCUCGAAUCUGUGAGGCCGUUUGGCUCCCAGGUUUCGUUCUGUAAUUUGAAAACGCGGAACUCUAUUCAAAGCUGGAGAAAGAAAACUUCAUUCUUCUGUGCAUAUUGUGACAUUAUGUAGGUUUUGAAAGUAGCAACAGUCUCGUGGAAGUUUAUCAAGUUUGCAAAAACAGCUUCACGACUCUUUUUUAUUCGCAUGUGCCUUCGCGUCCGAAAAGGAAUGGUCAUGCUCGUUCUUGUACUGUUUCAUUAUUUGAAUAAACUUCACAAUUGUUUCCAACUUUCUUGCAUGUUGGACAUCA